AUGUUCUUGUCUACAGCCAACCCAGUCUUCCUCAAAACAAUAAUUCUACAAACAGUGACAAAGAAACUCUCAAACCAGCUAAUGGAUGUAGGGAACCCCUACAUGUGCAAUAAUGAAUGUGAUGCAAGUACCCAAGAACUGGCUCAUCCUCCAGAAUUGAUGUUUGAUCUUGAAGGAAGACAUCCAUCCACAUUUUGGCAGUCCACAACUUGGAAGGAUUAUCCAAAGCCUCUUCACGUUAAUAUUACACUCUCCUGGAACAAAACCAUUGAGCUGACAGAUAACAUAGUUAUCACCUUUGAAUCUGGCCGUCCAGACCAAAUGAUCCUGGAGAAAUCCCUCGACUAUGGACGAACAUGGCAGCCCUACCAAUAUUAUGCCACAGACUGUUUAGAUGCUUUCCACAUGGAUCCAAAAUCAGUGAGGGAUUUAUCACAGCAUACAGUCCUAGAAAUCAUUUGCACGGAAGAAUACUCUACUGGAUAUAUGACAAACAGUAAAAUAAUCCACUUUGAAAUCAAAGAUAGAUUUGCUUUUUUUGCUGGACCUCGGCUUCAUAAUAUGGCUUCUCUUUAUGGCCAGCUUGACACAACCAAGAAGUUAAGAGAUUUCUUUACCAUUACAGAUCUGAGGAUAAGAUUGCUUAGACCAGCAACUGGAGAAAUAUAUGUAGAUGAGCAACACCUGGCACGGUACUUUUAUGCCAUCUCAGACAUAAGGGUAUAUGGAAGGUAAGAGAUUACAAACCUUUAGGAACAAGCAUAUGCGUUUGUUUAUAGAGAUUGUACAAAAACUAUUUAUUUCCCCGAACAUAACAAGAAUAGCAACCAAAGUGUGUUCAUUGGAAAUUUGGCUCAAUUGGUGCAUUUUUGAUAGUACUAGAAGUUUCUGACUCAGUGGCACUAAAUCAUGGGUAUUUGCUGUCACUAGCCUGCAAAGCCCUGAAUGAUUUUCUUACAUUGGCUCAGGAUUUCAACCUGGCAUUAUGACAUUUUUCAGGGACUCUCUUUCUGCUUUUAUACAGUUGAAGCCUCAUCUGUGGGCAGUUAACUGAGAAGAGGGAUUCAAUUUCAUUAUUUUUUCUAGGCCUUUAAUGCAAGAAUCAAUUGAUACAGCAGCCUUUGCAUAGACUUUUUCCAGUAAGGCAAACUGUAUAUAAACAAUGAGGCAAUAGAGAUGAGAGUCCAUUCCCUUUACUUUAAUUAGCUCUGAAAUGCCAUGAAGCUGAAGCAGAAUGGAAAAAACAGCAGUGUUUUGGAGGGCAUGAGACUGAUCUGAAUGCAGCAAAGAUUAUUACUCAUCCAGGUUCAAGACAGAUUGGCCCUCUGUGGCAAGCAAGAGCUGGUAUCAGGUGUCCUAGACUCAAAAAUAAUAAAGGUGCGGUGACAUUCGUAUAGGGAAAUCUCCUUACCAUCUCUAACUAGCAAUUGACUGAUGACCUCAAGCAGAAGGAUGAUAUCCUUAAUGUGUGUCUUGGAUGCAUAUUUGUUCAGAAGAAACAAAUGGUACCUUCUCUAUUAGCUGUUCACUCAACUCUCUAAUGUACCCUUUUGCCUUUUU